AUGAUUCAAAUGAAACUUAUCUACCUGGAUAAAAAUGUAAGACAAACAAUGUAAGUGGAAGUUGAAUAAAUCCUACUUAUGCAGUAAUUACAUAUGAAAUGCUUGUAUUAAAAUUCAUUUGGAAAAGGUUGUUUUUGGGAUAGUAUUAGUUCAAGUUGA